AUGCGAAAUAGAGAUAUCGAUCUCAGUCUCACACCAAUUGAACCAGUAACAAGACAAAUAAAUACAAGAUCAACUAAUUUCAAAGUAGAACGUAAACAGUUUCCUCUAGUUCCUUGCGAAGCCAUGACCAUAUACAAAAGUCAAGGUGGUACUUAUGAAAAAGUUGUUGCCAAUCUAAAGAAAGGGAUGACACGAUCUGAAUUAUACGUCGCUUGUAGUCGUGCAACAAAAGCAAGUGGUUUAUAUCUAAUUGGCGGUUUCGUUCCGCCAAAACCACCUGAACCUAAUGAUGCAGUAGCGAUGAUGUUAAAAAACAUGAGAUCUGAGCGAAUGCUGAAAUUUUCACUUGAAUUUUCUGAAGAAUCUCAAGAAGAAAGAUUUUCUAUUAUGUUUCACAAUGUACAAUCAUUGAAUAAACAUAUUUCAGAUAUUAAAUUUCACAAAACAUUUUUGUCUUGUUCCAUGAUAAGUCUUGUUGAAACAUGGACAAAAACAACUGACAGCCUGGAGAUUGAAGGUUUUAAGAUACUUUACAGACGUGAUUGUGUUGAUAUACGAAAGCCAUUUGGUCAAAUCAUUUAUUUAAAAAAUGAUUUGAAGUACGAAAAUGUCACCCAAAGAUGUGAAUAUUCAGACAAAAACCAUAUUGAAUAUUCUUCAAUAAAAAUCGAUGAUAUGUGCACAAUUUCCGUUUACAAUUUACCGAAUUCUUCAUUUGAUGUCUUAAAACGACAUAUUGAUGAAGUUAUAACUGUUUCAAAAGGAUUUCGUGAAAAUAUAAUUGUCGUUGGAGAUUUUAAUAUAAAUUUGAAGAUCAAAAUCAAUAAUAGAUUUACUGAAUAUAUGGAAUCAUUCGGACUAAGUUUGAAUAAUAUACUAAAUAGAGAUGCAACUAAUGCAAAAACGCAGAUUGACUAUUGCUUCACUAAUGUGAAAGACUUAAAAUCUGAUUAUUUUGAAAGCCUUACAAGUUUUCAUAAACCAAUCUGGAUCAGAAAGCAUCAAGCUGUGACAAAGCUUCAUUUUGAUGAAACCGAAAACAUCCAUACAAAUGUGCCGUUUAAUAGCAAAGAUAUUAUAAAUGAUGAUCAAUCUGACACGAUGGAAGUAGAUGAGAAAUUCGUUUUUGCACCGCAUGGAACAGUCGAUAAAAAUGAACAAAUUAACUUAGAUAUGUCUUGUCAUUUAGAAGAUCUCAACGUUAAUGAACCAUCUAAUAUGAUGGAAAUUGAAGAAGAACCUUGUUCUGAAAACUAUGAAAUCCUUGAUUUAAGGUCAAGGAACAUUCUUGAUCACUUUAUUCUUGUGUUAGAUUUUAAUAAUACUGCAGAAACUAACCAAAUUUCAAGCCAAGCUCAGAUAAUCGAUGAUGUAAUUGAAAAAUCACCAUUUAUAACUUUAAAUAACAAAGACCAGUCCGUUCGAUUAAAGUCGAAAACAGAGUAUUCUGUUCAAGCGUUUGAUUCUGUUUAUGCUAGAACUUUUACGACUUCAGAUGGCAAUUGUUUAUAUAACUCUCUUUCCAUAGUAAGUAUUGGAUCUGAAAAACAAACACAUUCGAUGAGAUUGUUGGCAGUUAAUGGAAUGAUCAAUAAUAGCGAUUAUUUCCGAGCACUUUGUACAGUAUUGCAAUAUUCAUUUGAGGAACAGUUGAAAAUAACCGCUAUGAAUACAGUAUGGGGCGGAGAAGUUCAAAUUCAAGCGCUUUCUUUGGGUCUGUGCCAUCCUAUCUAUUCAUAUAUUCUGUUUAACAGUGAUCCCAAAAAUAGACUUUAUAUUUCAUCGUAUAUUAGUCUAGAAGAACUAGUCGAUCUCUUUAUUAAAGGAAUAGCAGGCGGUCAUCUAAAAUAUAUAGGAUACAAAUCCGAUAUGAACAAAGUAGGACUUUGUAUUUACUACAAUGGUAGUCAUUAUGAUGCUCUUUUACCUUUUCAAGAUAAUCCGCAACAAUUUGUACCACACUUUGACAUAAUUAACAUGAGUUUAUGA